AAACGUUUUAUUUCCAUUUGCCAUGGCUAUUUUAUGUCUGAUCUAUAAUUUUAAUUUGUUUUGAUCAGGAGAAAUUUAGAUUUUAGAUUUUAUUUCAUAAAUCAUUUAAUGUAAUUCUUUAGUUUUUAAUUAUUUAAGCCAACAUUUUAGACAAUGUUAUUUUUCAUCCAGCCAGGCUUCUUUUGAAUUUCUUAAAACUCUUUAUUUUUUAAACAGAAAAAAAAUCUUACAUUCUAUUUCGAUUUUUUUUUUAACAAAACCAGCUGAAACUGCCUUGCAAUUAUUUUUGCUGACUCUUAAAUAGCACUUUAUAGCGAUUUUUAUUGUGUGUAACAAUGUUUCUACAAUGUAUAAAUGAAAAACAAAGAUGUUUUUGCUAAUAAAUUCUUUUCAUUAGUAAUGUUUGAGUAUUCUUCAUAUAAAUUUGAUUCAAUUUAUUGUUAUUGUUUUUCUUAUUCUUAAAUCUUAUAAAAAAUUAUUCUUUUUUAUUUUCAUUUCAUCUUGUUUACAAUUUCUUUUAAAUACAAAACACUUCUUUUCUUCUGCACUUUAAAUAAAGAAAAAUUAUUGGGUCAAGAGUCGAUGUGAAUUUUUAUAAAAAAAAAGUCUUGCUACAAAGUUCUUGUAGAUGAAGAAGAUAAAUGCACAGCUGAUAUGUCUUUCAAAGUUUUUAUAACUUUUCUGUUAUUGUCACAGUCAAAAUUAGUUAACACAGAUCUGGAAAAGUGCAAUCGAAUCGAAAAAAUUGUUGACUUGAAUGCAGAUUUUAUCUUAACAGCGUUAGUACCUGUGUUAAGCUCAGCACCUUCAAGGUUUCGAAGUAUCGGAUUGUUGUUUUCAGAGGCAAUACAAUACUCAAUUGCUAAAGUUAAUAGUGAUAUCCUAGGAGAAGGUAUUAAGCUUGGAUAUGAAAUAUAUGAUACUUGUGGUGAGGAAAAAUUACCAAUAACAACUGAGAUUAUAACAAAUGUCACACUUUCAUACAGAGGUGGAAAGAUAACAGAAAAGUUGUAUGGUAAUAUUUCAUGUGUUUGUGGAGUUGUUCAUCAGUCUCGCUACCAUCUUGGGAUUUUAGGAGCUUAUGCAUCUUCAAACUCUUUACAUGUGAGCAAAUUAUUGUUAAACGAGCCUCUACCAGUGCUAAGUUAUAUAUCCACUAGUACCGAACUCAGUAAAACAGAGUUUUAUCCAAAUUUUUUCAGGACAAUACCACCUGAUAAUAUUUUUGUAAAGGCAUUAGUGGAUAUUAUCAUUCAUUAUGAUUGGUCAUUUGUGUCACUGUUUUCAUCCGAUAAUACAUUUGGUUUUAAUGGGAGAUUGGCACUAGUAGAACAAUUAGAAUUACAUAAGAUAUGUAUCAACCUAGACGAGUUAUUUAGUGUUCCUUAUGAUGAGACUCAGUUAAGAAAUAUGGUGAUAAAAUUAAAAAAGAGCAAUAAUUUUCUUAUACAACCUUUAGUUAUUAUAUUUUCAGUUGAAGAAGCCAGUCAAAUAAUUUUAAAUAUUGCAGCUGAAAUCGGGUUGUACGACGUAACUUGGAUUUUAGUAGAUGCUACUGGACUAAGUCAGUGGUAUUCAACAAUAAGCCCCAGGGUUAUUUCAAAAUUGUUUACGAUUGCUCACUACAGUGGAGAAUUUUUAGAAUUUAAACAACAUUUCUUUCAAUUGUCGUUAACAAAUAACAAUAACAAUCAUUGGGUUACAGAAUUCUUAAACAUAAAUAAUGGAAGUCAAAUGAGUGAGUUUAAAAGUAUGUUUACUACCAGUAUGCAGUAUGUUUCUUUUAUCAGAAACGGGGUGUACGCAUAUGCCGUCUCAUUAAAACAGUAUUCCUUAGAGAAUGAUAUAUGCAUACCCAAAUUUAAAAAACCCUGCAAACCUUCAUCAAUGUUUAAUAAAACCUUAUUCUUAGAGAAGUAUUUUCGAACUGUAAGUUUCCAAGGGUUGGAUAAGGAGACAUUCAAGUUUAACAAAAUUGGUGAUGUAGAUUCUGCUAAUUUGUUGGUUUACAAAGUCCACAACAAGAAUAAUCAGUUGCAAUUAGAUAAAAUAGGAGUUUGGAACAGUAAAUCAGGACUUAAUGUAAGUAAUGACUGGACCUUCAAACAUCGAAAUAUUUCAUCUUGUUCUAAAGAUUGUCUACCUGGUUAUUACCCUACUGCAAGUGUUGGGAAGCAGUGUUGUUGGAUUUGUGUUCAGUGUGAAGUUGGGUAUGUAAAACAUCAACCUGGAAAUCAUUUAUGUCACAAAUGUCCUGAUUUUUACACAAAUGAAAACCACACCCAUUGUGUUUAUUUCCGCUUAAUUAACAUUUUAGAUUACCCAUUUCAUAUAACUUUGAUCUAUGUUUUAACUUCAGUUGGUUUUACAUUGUCACUUAUCGUAAUCUAUUCGCUGUGUAGAUUUCAGAAAACUCCUGUUGUCAAGAGUUCGAAUUUUAAACUUUCACUGGUCCAGGUUACAACACAAAUGAGUUUGUUUGUGGUGUCGCUUUUGUUUACAAUGGAGCUUACACUUGGUGUUUGCAUGGCCAGAAUUAUCCUCAUUGGUGCACACAUAGUUCUUAUAAUAACAAUCAUGUUAGUAAAAUCAGAACAACUUUUGCGUGUUUUUAAGUCAAAAGUGAAAAUAACAGAACAUCAGAUCUACCGUUUUCAGGCUGCAGGUGUUGCUGUUGUAAUGUCAACAGGAAUAAUAGAGCAUGUGGAAUACAAGCUUUUCGAUCGAGAAGGCUACCACGAAUGUAUAAUGAAGCACGUUUUAUAUUAUCUGCAAUGAUUUCUAUGGUGUGUUUUGUUGGUUUGUUACCAUUACUGCGACUUAAUGCUGAGACUGAAUUUGUCAGGAGCUUUAUGGUAUUUGUAGUUGUUUUUGGAGCAAACCUUGCUGUUUUAUUAAUCAUGUAUGGGUACAAACUCCGGG